AUGUCUACUGCUGCUACUUCAUCUGAUCCUUAUGGAAUCACCACUCCAGGGACACAUCUUGUCCAGAAGGACAAGGUCUCUCUAGAGGACUUCGUUCUCAUCAAGGUCAUUGGUAAAGGGAGCUAUGGAAAGGUGAUGCUAGUACGAUAUAAGAAGGAUAACAAUGUGUAUGCUAUGAAGAUGCUGAGGAAAGAAAACGUGAUGAAACGCAAUCAGGUUGAGCACACUCGAACAGAGCGUAACGUACUGGAGACCGUAUCACACCCUUUUAUUGUAAACCUGGUCUAUGCGUUCCAGACUCCUAAAAAGCUCUACUUUAUAUUGGAGUACUGUCCAGGGGGAGAGUUGUUCUUUCACCUAUCGCGAGCCCAGCGGUUCUCUGAGAAUAGGUGUCGAUUCUACGCCUCGGAGAUCCUGUUGGCCAUUGAAUAUCUCCAUAAGUAUGAUAUAGUCUAUAGGGACCUCAAGCCUGAGAAUGUACUACUGGAUGCUGAUGGUCAUGUGAAGCUUACUGACUUCGGCCUGUCUAAGGAAGGUAUCAUGGAUAACUCCUCGGCGAAGUCGAUGUGCGGUACUCCUGAGUAUCUAGCGCCAGAGAUAUUGGAGAAGAAGGGUCAUGGAAAGGCUGUGGAUUGGUACUCUCUUGGUGCGCUGAUGUAUGAGAUGCUCACGGGCCUACCACCAUUCUAUACGAGGGAUAGGGAGAAGCUGUUCGAGAGGAUUAGGCACGGCGAGCUGUCUUAUCCAUCGUAUAUCUCCCCUAUAGCCAAGAACUUGUUAGAGCAGCUAUUGUGUCGCGACCCUAAUAAACGUCUAGGGUCGGGGCCUGCUGAUGCUCAGGACAUAAAGAGCCAUCCUUUCUUCCAGGGUGUUGACUGGAAUGCUAUGCUAUCGCGUCAAGUGACGCCCCCCUUCAAGCCCUCUGUAUCGACACAGACAGAUGUGAAGUACUUUGAUAGGGAGUUCGUUGACUUACCUGCUAUUAACAGCCUGGAGUAUUCAGGAGCCCCAGUCGCUGAUGUAGGCUUGGCAUGUACUACCUUGAUCGCUGUCAUGGCAACUGCAGCAGUUGACCCUGGCGUGCAGCCCUUGAUAGAAGCGUAUAUCUCGAAUGCUGAAGUGCUGUCUAAGUGCACAGGCGUCCAUGAGGAUCCAGUGGUACGUUUACCUAAUCUCAAGCCGACCGCAGCUAGCAGUGUCGAAGGAGAAGUGCCGCAAACAGCCCCUCAGCUAGCAGUUGGUGAUAGUAAAAAGGAAGGGGCCGAUCAGGCACCUUCGUUACGGGAUACUAUACGUGAGCAGCUGUAUAAGCAACGAGAACUGAGGCAGAAGCUACGCCAAGCUGGGGCUAGGCUUCAGGAACUACGACACCAGAAUAGGGGUCUGUGCGAUAAGAGGACGAAACUAGAGAAAUCGAUAGAAGCUUCGGAGAAGGCUAUGCUGCUUGUGAAACGAUGGCUUGAGGAGGCUCGUAGGGAUGUAGAUGGGGCUCGUAGAUUAGCUGGUGAACAUGUUGAUGCUGAUGGGCAGAUAGGUGAGGACGAUGAGAAGGAUAUACGCAAGGUGAUACAGGACGAGAAGGACCGAUUGGAGGCAGCGGAGGGUAAGGUGAAGGAACUCCAGAAGAACAUUCAAGAGACCUAUCGGACUAGGAGAGCUCUAGAGAAGAGGAAUCAAAUAUGGGCUGAGCGGCAGAGGCAGGCAGAGCAGGACAGGACGAUGGUCAUUACUGCAUUGGAGAUGCAGAAAGCUAAACUGGUAGCCGUACGGGCUGAGAGGUUGAAGACAUGUGAAGGUCGCUAUCAUGCUAUCCAGAAUGCGACACUCACCAGUGUCGAGGAGUGGCAACGGAGUGCUGGUACAGCUCCACGACUACCAGCAUCGCUCUACUCGCAUGGUCCUCCUCCAGCUGUGGGGGAAUCUGAUCGUAGUAAGGGUAUACCUACGGAAACCUACUUGGAUAAGAGCACCACCUACUACCACUGA